AGACGAUGAAAAAAGAAGUCCGAAAAGUAAAACAAAGGCGAGGGAGCUUGAACGCAGAGACGGAUGCUCCCUCGCGUCUUCCCCUGGUCUUGGAGUAUAUUCUCUUCCUCCUCCUCCCCGAUCUCCGUCUAACAGUCUUUUACUUCCUUGACCUUCUCAUCUCCAUUGUGCUUCCAAUUCAUCGAUCAAUCUGUCGAUUUUUGGAUCUAUAGACGGUACCUCCCCUUUUUUGGUUUUGAUUUUCGAAUCCUCGUUUGGUAGAAGCCGUAGAUCAGAAUCACCUUCGGAAACCCUCGUGCUUGAAAAAGCCGUUUUUUUUUUUUUUUUUUUUGCUCGAAUGGGGUUCGUGCGGCUCGAGAUAAACCCCAUCGAGGAGGAAUCAUACGACGUCGCCGGGGAUGGCUGUAAGGCGCCAUCCUUCGAUGAUCCGUCAGCCAGAGCCGACCUUGCCUGCGUGAUAUGCUCGGAGGUCAGCGCAGUACUGGCUGUGAUGCGCCGCAAUGUGCGGUGGGGCGGCCGGUAUGCUUCAGCCGCGGAUGAUCACAUCAUUGAGCACUCCCUAAUCCUGUCCCUCAAGUUACUCCGCCGGCAGGUGUCCUCAUGGGGGGACGUCCGCCGCCCCUGGUCCACGAUCGACCCUUCUGUUUAUUUCAGGCCGUUCGUGGAUGUGGUCCGCUCUGAUGAGACCGGCGCUCCUAUCACUAGUGUGGCUCUCUCCUCUUUGUACAAGAUCCUUACUCUUGACUUCCUCGACCCGGCGUCUGGGACUGCCGUUGGAGCUGCGAUGCAUUUGGUUGUCGAUGCCGUCACGAGCUGCCGGUUUGAGGUGACCGACCCUGCUUCUGAGGAGGCCGUUCUAAUGAAGAUACUCCAGGUGCUGCUUGCUAUCAUGCGGAGCCGUGCCUCGACUGUGCUGAGCAACCAGCAUGCCUGCACAAUUGUAAAUACCUGUUUCCGCGUCGUCCACCAGGCAACAACCAAAGGAGAGUUGUUGCAGAGAUUUUCAAGGCACACGAUGCUUGAGCUUGUCCGCUGCAUCUUCUUGCACUUGGCUGAUGUCCACGAUGGUGAUGCAUCUUCUUCUUUGAACCCCAAGAUAAGUGCAGUUGAUAUGGAGCAGGCUUUUGGGAUUGCUCAAGUAGAAAAUGGGAAUGGGAGUAUCAAGGUUGACAACAAAGGCGUGGGAGAUGAAAUUGGUACGGGAUCAGAACAAAAACAUGACACGAAAAUCAUUGUAGACCCAUAUGGAAUUCCUUGCAUGGUGGAGAUAUUCCACUUCUUAUGUUCUCUUACAAAUGUCCAAGACCAAGGUGGUAGGAAUCCUGCAACGAAUCAGGUAGCUUUUGAUGAAGAUGUGCCACUAUUUGCCCUUAGCAUGAUCAACUCAGCUGUUGAGUUGGGAGGACCUUCAAUAAGUAAACACCCAAAAUUAUUAACCCUGAUACAGGAUGAAUUGUUUAGAAACUUGAUACAGUUUGGCUUGUCUAUAAGCCCUCUAAUACUGUCCACAGUAUGUAGCAUAGUUCUGAAUCUUUAUCGCCACUUGCGCUCAAAGCUCAAAUUACAACUGGAGGCAUUCUUUUCUUGCGUGAUCUUGAGGCUCACACAAAGUCGAUAUGGGGCUAGCUAUCAACAGCAGGAAGUAACCAUGGAGGCUCUCGUGGACUUCUGCCGUCAGAAGAACUUUAUGACAGAGAUGUAUGCCAACUUUGAUUGCGACAUUACUUGCAGCAAUAUGUUUGAAGAGCUAGCCAAUCUUCUGUCAAAAAGUGCAUUUCCUAUCAACUGCCCUCUUUCUUCCAUGCAUGUUCUUGCUUUGGAUGGUUUGAUUGCAGUGGUCGAGGGAAUGGCUGAUAGGAUUGGAAAUGCAUCUCCCUCUCUUGAGCAGUCUUCGUUGGAGCUUCAGGAAUAUUCACCAUUUUGGGCAGUGAGGUGUGAGAACUACUCUGCUCCAGAAUAUUGGGUUAAAUUUGUCCGACAGAGAAAGUACAUUAAAAGGAGAUUAAUGAUUGGCGCAGAUCACUUCAACAGAGACCCCAAGAAGGGCUUGGAGUUUCUGCAAGGAACUCAUCUGCUGCCUGAGAAGCUUGAUCCACAGAGCGUGGCUUGUUUCUUCAGAUACACUGCUGGCUUGGAUAAGAACCUUGUCGGCGACUUCUUGGGAAAUCAUGAUGAGUUUUGUGUGCAAGUACUUCAUGAAUUUGCAUGGACUUUUGAUUUUCAGGACAUGAAUCUGGAUACUGCUCUACGACUUUUCCUAGAAACAUUCCGGUUGCCUGGUGAAUCUCAGAAAAUUCAGAGAGUACUUGAGGCUUUCUCAGAGAGGUAUUAUGAGCAAUCACCUCAGAUCCUUGUUGACAAGGAUGCAGCACUUGUGUUGGCAUACUCACUUAUAAUGCUCAAUACAGAUCAACAUAAUGUCCAGGUAAAGAAGAAGAUGACUGAAGAGGAUUUCAUCCGAAAUAAUCGCCACAUUAAUGGUGGUAAUGACCUCCCAAGGGAGUUCCUGACGGAGCUCUAUUACUCUAUAUGCAGGAAUGAAAUAAGAACUGUCCCUGAACAGGGUUUGGGUUUUACGGAAAUGUCACCCAGCCGAUGGAUUGAUCUCAUGCAGAAGGCAAAGAAGACAUCUCCUUACAUUGUUUGCAAUUCCCUUCCAUAUCUUGAUCAUGACAUGUUUGCAAUCAUGUCAGGUCCUACAAUUGCUGCCAUCUCAGUGGUGUUUGAUUUUGCAGAACAUGAAGAAGUUCUCUCAGCAUGUGUAGAUGGCUUCUUGGCUGUCGCUAAGAUCUCAGCAUAUCAUCACCUAGAGGAUGUGUUGGAUGAUUUAGUUGUAUCCCUAUGCAAAUUCACAACUCUUUUGAACUCAUCAUUUAUUGAGGAAACAGUGACAGCCUUUGGGGAUGACAUAAAAGCUAGGCUGGCAGCUGAGACAGUUUUUAGCAUAGCAAAUAGAUAUGGUGAUUGCAUACGCACUGGCUGGAGAAAUAUCCUUGAUUGUAUUUUGCGAUUACACAAAUUGGGUUUGCUUCCUGCUCGUGUUGCAAGUGAUGCAGCUGAUGAUUCAGAAUUGCCGCUAGAUUCUGUCCCUGGAAAACCUGUCACAAGCUCUUUGCCCAUUUCUCAUAGUAUGAGUCACCCUCGGAGAUCUUCUGGGCUAAUGGGGAGAUUCAGCCAGUUAUUAUCUCUGGACACAGAAGAACCAAGGUUGCAACCAUCUGAACAGCAACUUGCUGCCCAUCAAAGAACUCUGCAGACAAUACAGAAAUGUCGCAUUGAUAGCAUCUUCAUAAAAAGCAAGUUUUUACAUGCUGAUUCGCUGAUGCAAAUUGCCAAGGCACUUAUCUGGGCAGCUGGUCGGCCCCAGAAAGUUAGUAGUACCCCUGAUGAUGAGGACACAGCAGUUUUCUGCUUGGAGCUGCUUAUUGCCAUCACACUAAACAACCGGGAUAGAAUUGGGCUUCUUUGGCAGGGUGUCUAUGAGCAUAUAGCUAACAUUGUUCAAUCGACCAUGAUUCAUUGUGCCCUUGUGGAAAAGGCUGUUUUUGGACUCCUAAGAAUUUGUCAGCGGCUACUACCUUACAAAGAGAAUCUUGCUGAUGAGCUUUUAACGUCACUUCAAUUGGUUUUGAAGCUUGAUGCUCGUGUGGCUGAUACUUAUUGUGAGAAUAUCACACAAGAAGUCACUAGACUUGUUAAAGCAAAUGCAACCCAUAUUAAAUCACAAAUGGGUUGGCGGACCAUAGCAUCCCUACUCUCUAUCACUGCUCGACACCCAGAAGCUUCGGCAGUAGGCUUCGAGGCAAUUCUUUUCAUCAUGUCUGAAGGGGCUCAUCUAUCGCCAGCCAACUAUGUCUUUUGCAUUGAAGCUGCGAGACAGUUUGCAGAAUCUCGUGUUGGCGUAACAGAUAUAUCAGUUCGUGCAUUAGAUCUAAUGGAAGAAUCAAUGAAUUGUCUUGCUUGCUGGUCUAAUGAGAUUAGGGAAGCAGGUGCAGAUGCUGAGAAAGUUUCUGAGGGAAUCAGAGAGAUGUGGCUACGACUGGUGCAAUUGCUGAGAAAGAUUUGUUUGGAUCAGAGGGAAGAAGUAAGGAAUCAUGCAGUGGUAUCACUGCAGAGAUGUUUUGUUGGUGCAGAUGGGAUGUGUAUCCCACCCCCAACUUGGGCGCAGGCCUUCGAUCUUGUUAUAUUUGAUAUUCUCGAUGACUUGCUGGAGUGUGCACAGAAUCAAUCACAGAAAGAGUACCGGAACAUGGAGGGUACACUUGUGCAAGCAGUCAAAUUGUUGUCGAAGGUCUUCUUGCAGCAACUGCAAGAUCUUUUCGGCUUGAGUAGCUUCUGCAAGCUUUGGUUGGGGGUCCUCAGUCGUUUGGAAAAGUACAAGAAGGUAAAAGUGAGGAGCAAGAAGAGUGACAAACUUCAAGAAUUGAUUCCAGAGCUUCUCAAGAACAUUCUUAUUGCGAUGAAAUCCAAGGGAAUCCUUGCAAAAAGAAGUACGAUAGGUGGGGACAGCAUGUGGGACUUGACAUGGCUUCACGUAAACAAUAUCGUUCCAUCUUUGCAGGCCGAAGUGUUUCCCGGCGAGGAGAUGGAGCAGCUACAUUUCUGUGAUCAAUCUGAUGGCUAGGACAUGUAUGAUGAAAAAAAUGGUUUGUUAGUUUGAUAAGAAGAAGAUGCAUUUCUUCCACAGUUGAAUUCGCUAUGAUGAUUGGACUUCUCUUAUACAUAUGCAUCCACUCUCACCCUGCUUAAGCAUCAUAUGAGAUACUCAUUGACUGUGGUAGCUCGUUUUCUAGGACACGUGGGUAUUGUAUUUGCUUGCAGAGAAUCCUUUAUAUGUUUUCUGUUUAGCUUCAGGAGUUCAUUAGAAAUUUGAUUACCAAACUAUAUCAGUGUUUAGGGUGGUUUCUUCUCUUGACCAGAAAAAGUAGUAUAUUUUUCUGCGAGUGAAUCUUUUGUACAUGUUGGAAUUAAUUAUUUGUGAUGUGUAAGAAUUUCAUAGUCUUUCUCCA